CUUCUCCCCUCGCUUUGCUUCCCUCCCUUUUUCCCCCUUUCAAAACCCUAGGUACCCAAAUCUCCAUAAACCCUAGAGAUUCCUAUUUCCUGUUCCUUUUUCUCUUCAACAAAAUCAAUUGAUCAGCCCCCUUCUCCUCUACAAAUCCAUCGCCACUCGAUUCUUUAAUCCCUCCCGUGCCCUAGCUCCACCAGUUCCGCCUUCAAUCUUUUCACUCAAUUUGUUUGGAAUAUCAUUUUCUUUUCUUUUCUCUCAUUUCUUAUUGUUUCUGGGUUUGGGAUUUCGGUGGGAAGUGGAAAAGUUUUGAAAAGUUUGUGGCUAGUUUGGUUGUUGUGUGGGUGUCCGUUGAACUAGGGUUUGGCCAGAGUUGGAAAGGCUCGCGUUUGUGGAUCAAUCUGGUUCUGGUUUUGAAUUGAGUUUUGAAGUUUUGGGGUUUGAGUGGUUGCUAGGUUUUGGAGAUAUGAGAAUAGGGAAGUGUGUAUAAGCGUGUGGCUUUUUGGAGGGGAAGGAGAUGAACCGGAUAUGAGUAGGCUGUCAUUCCGGCCUCGUCCCCUUGAUAUUCACAAGAAGCUCCCGAUUGUAAAAUCUGUCAAGGAGUUUGAGGAUGACGAGGCUCCUGUCACAGGUGCUUCCACACGAAACUCUCAGCUGCUCCGACUUGCUGCUGAGACUGAAAUUGAGGUGCAACAAAACAAUAGCAAGAAAAAUGCUCAAGAAAUACCUACACCACAGUGCAGCAUUGUGGACACAUAUGAAAGGGAUUACUUGCAGUCCUUCUCACAACCGGCAUCAUAUUUACGUGGAAGAGGAGCUAGGGCUGAGAUUGGGGAGUUUGUUGAGUAUGAUCUGGAUGAUGAAGAUGAGGAUUGGCUGCUGGAAUAUAACAAUGAUAAAAAGAUUCUUGCUCCUGAAAAAUUUGAGGCUUUCUUGUUUAAGCUGGAGGUUUUAGAUCACAAGGCUCGAGAAAAAGCGGGAAUGAUCACCCACACUCUCGGUUCAUCUAUUCCUGUUCUGCUACAGCUUGAUGCUGCAGCUGAGGCGUUGCAAUCUCAAUCCACUCGAUUUCCAGUAUUCCAGUCCGUAUAUGACUAUUGGAAAGAAAAGCGGGAGCAGUGGCAAAAACCAAUUUUGAGGCGUUUGCAGCCUCCUCCAGCAGUUAAUGAUACAAACCCAUACAAUGUGUUCAGACCUAGGGAGAAAGCUCACCGCCUUCACACAAGAAGGAUGCAAAGAAGGGAAAACAAUGUGCAAUCUUUUGAAAAACUUCGCCAGGUCAGGCGCAAUUUGGACCAGGCCAAGACUCUGGUGGAAGCUUUGAUUAAGAGAGAGGAGAAGAAGCGAGAGGUCGUGGAGAAUGAGGUUGCUCUUCAACGAAUUCAGAUAAAAUACCAACACGAGGCACAGCUUGUUGAGGAUGGGCUAGCAUUGUCAGGAUUUCCACUUGCAUGCAAAUUCGGAUCGAGUGAAGAUGAUCCUAUGGACUCUGAUGAUGCAAUUAAUGGUCGCUCACGACCUCAUCCAACUUCUAUUCAGCAGUCACGCUUUACCAACUAUAGAAGGAUAAUUUUCCCUACUGGGCGGAUGACGCGUGAUUUAAAACGGAGGCAUCUACCUAAUGGAUGGCUUCAGAAGAGGGACCCUCUUGAGCCAGUUUUGUUGUUUACAAAACCUUUAGAUCCAGAAAAAUUGACAGCUGCUGGCAUUAUUCCGCCUCCAGACCCCACAUUUGAAAAUGGAUCCGUAGCACCGCCAUUCCGCUUCCAGGGCAGGAUCGGCCGAGGUGGCCGCAUUAUCUUUGAUAGAGUACCAAUUGGAACUGGAAGUCAUGUGCCACCAAACACCCAGCCUCUGCAACCCAAUGGUUGAACCGGCUUGUCGUCCCUAAGUCUACAGUCUACAUGUUUCACCGAAAGAGGAUGAUUCCUGUGACUAGGAAGAGUGGUCCUGGAAUAUUGCCCAUUAUCCUUUUUCGGGAUAUCUGUGAAGCCGAGGUGAAGGAAGGCGGCAGGCAUACAUGACCGACUGGUUUAACUGUUGUAGUUUAGCAUGAUGUUGGGCUUAUUUUUCCGUAGGGUUGAAAUUCAUGUCAGGCUUCAAUUUUCCUAACCUCCAUUGCUAGUCAUGCCUCAUAUUAUUCCGCCUAGUGUGCCCACCUCCCAAUUUCUGUACAAUCUGUUGCAAUCUCACAUUAUUUCCCGAAUAGCUGCCUCUUUUCUUUUUUUUUUUGGCCCCCUUUCUUUCCCAAUUUGUAGGGGUUCAAUGUAUUUAUGAUUCUAGUUUGUAGGUGCAGUAUAAUUGCCAUGUGCUUGUUGGCCGAAAGUUUGAUGGAAACAUGUUCAUGCUGUGAUAUCAUGCUGAUUGAUGAUGAAGAUUUUGCAAUUGCUAA